CACCCAUAACAGAAGUUUUUAAAACGUCCUUUGGAUCACACCUGUUAACAUAAUCAGAUCACCAACACAAAUGGCAUCAGCUCUAGCAUUUGCCCAGCACUACAUUGAAUGUGAAGAGUGUGAGAAAUAUCCAGCACAGUUCCUGUGUAAAACAUGCCCGGGUCAUCUAUGCCAUUCAUGCAAGUCGGAGCACGAGAGGAGAAAAAUAACCCAAACUCACAAAAUUAUGUUCCUGUCCUCGGAGAAAUGGGAUAUAAUGGAACUUAUGUAUUGUUCAAAGCACAGAAACGAAAAUCUGAAGGGUUACUGCUCUCCCUGCCAGACGCCAGUCUGUACCCAAUGUAUGAUGGAAACUCAUAACGGUCAUAAAGUGAGAAAUCUUACUACAGCCUACAACACAAUCAAAUAUAAACUUCUAAAAGAAAAGGAGGAGAUAGAAACAACACUUCUGCCGAAAUAUGAAGAACUAUUAGCGAAGGAAAAUGAAAAGCAGGCGGAUAUAUCAAAGCGAGCUGUCGAAGUGCAAAAGCAAAUGGAGGAUCAUACAGAGAAUAUUAUCAAACGUUUAACCUCUAUCAAAGAGGAAAAAGUACAGUUACUUCGACAGGAGAAGGAAAGGGCACUGACGUCAGUUGCAAUCUCCAAAACUGAAAUCGAAAAACGAAUACAAUCAUUAAACGAAACCAAAACCCAAAUAUCAAACAACUUAGGGGAAAAGCCCGGGAUUAUAUUUUUCAAAGCUACAAAUGGCAACGCCUUAGAUAAAAUGCGUCGAUAUCCAAAUUCAAUUGAAUACAAACUCGAUAACUUUUAUCCCGGUGACAUUGAACGAAUAACAGAGAAUAUCGAAUUUGGAAACGCCCCUACGUUUAAAAUGGAGGGUCCGACGACAAUAGAAAGUCAAAAAUUACAAAUUGUUAAAAUUAGACCUUUAUAUAAACCACCAAAGUAUGGUUCCAGAGAUAAGGUAUAUGGACGAAAGCCACGGGAAGAAAAUUUUCCUUAAUUCAUUCGAUGUGUUGACGAAUAUGAUGUCAUUGGGUCACUACGUCCAUUGAUCAAAAAGUAAAUGUGAGCAUAACAAAGUGUCAAAGACAUGACCCUAAUUGACUUGCAUUACAAUGCAAUGUGCCCAACACAGAAUAAACUACCCAAAUAUAAACCCAUUUUAAAGUGUUUAUUCUGCAAUGCACAAUGUCCAUAUGUUCCACUCUAGGCAGCGCUACUGAAAGACAGGCCCCUUAAAAUAGUCUGAAUAUUUUCAAUUAUUAUCAUUGCAAAGCUAUAUAAUAGAUAUGUAAGCAGAUAUCGAUGUAAAGGGAUGUUUGUUUUGUUGUGUUUUUAAUUAUCGGUCAUGAUAUUGUGUGAUUGUUGAUUUACAUAAAUUUAUCUAUAUAUGAAGAUAUGCGAAAAAGUGAAACUCUUACUUUGUAAUUGAUAUGCAAGCAUUUUUGUAUUUAUAGCCUCACAUGCAGUGAUGCAGUAUAUUAAAAUUAUUACUCCGUGAACAAAUUGUCAGCAAAGGUCCCAUUUUACAACCUCUGUACCUGUACUUUCAGUACCAGGAUGGACAGCUCUAUACCUCUGGUGCUGUAUUGUCUGUUUAAGAUAGAACAUUGGAAUGCAAAUGCAAUUUGUUUACUUCUAAAUGUCACAGGUAGAUAGUAUCAAUUUGUCCUUGGAAAAUAAUAUAUAUAUAUCCUCAUGUAUUUUGUGCUUUGAGGUAGAGAAGCAGAGAGAGGUAGAUAGUUGUUGGUAAGCUCUCCACUUGUACAGAUUAGAA